UCGGACACUCUGAUGGCCACGUUGAUGAGACAUGUUGUCGAUCUCUGAAGAAGAUGGAGCAAAAUCAAUCUAGCGCUUUCUUCCGUUAUCAGUUAUCAGUGUCCGAUGGUCGUCAUUCCACACUGAAUCGCAUUCAUGAAUUCAUUCGUUAAAUAUGAUAGUUCGGAAAUAUCUUUACAAUAACUAUUUGAUAUGCGUUGAGCUAUCGUACUUCUACAAGGUCUAGUUUUCGAAAAGUUUUCUAUUUGUUUUUAAAAAGUGACCCAAUUCUCAAUAUUCUUCAGUGAUUUGUGUUUGUGAUAAUUUCGGGAAUUUGUUUCGUUAAGACGUACCUGAUUUUUUGUUCAAUAUAAUGGCUAAGUUCACUAGGAGACAGUGGUUGACUUUGGUAGUUAUAAGUAUUGCAGAUUUCUGUAAUGCAAUUUGUGUAUCGCUACAAGCACCUUUUUACCCUCAAGAGGCAGAAAGGAAGGGAUGCACAGCCACCGAGUAUGGUCUAGUCUUCGGCAUUUUCGAACUUAUCGUUUUCAUCAUUAGUCCAAUCUACGGCAAACACCUCAACAAGAUUGGGCCCAAGGUGACCUUCAAUGGCGGCAUCUACACCACAGGAGUUUGCGCCAUCUUGUUUGGUCUCCUCGACAAAGUGAAUGGACAUUAUCCGUUCAUCAUUCUCAGUUUCGUCAUAAGGAUCAUUGAAGCUCUUGGUAAUGCAGCUUUUCUCACAGCUAGCUUUGCGAUUAUAGCUAAAGAGUUUCCAGAUGCUGUAGCCACUACCUUUGAUGUUAAGCAUCAGAUACUUAUCACAGAAGCACGAAAUAAUGAGAACUCAAAAUUGAAGUAGGAUUAUAUUGUCCAUCCAGGAGUAACGAUAGUUAUCGUUUAUUUCCUGUUAAUAGUGAUCUCAGCUGUCUCAAGUUGAUUCAAAUAUUGAAAUUAGAAGAUACAUCUGCGUUUUGAAAACAAACUGCUUUGAAAGACACAUUGGCUUCUUUGGAAACGUUCUUCGGGCUGGGUUUGAUAGUGGGACCCACAGUAGGUGGUGCGCUAUUCCAAGUUGGAGGCUACACACUGCCCUUUGCAGUGAUGGGAUCUGCGCUCUUUAUGUCAGCAGUUAUGACAGCAUUUGUAUUACCAAGGCAUGAAGAGGGAACUGACAGGGAAAUUGGAGUGUCAGUGUUGAAAGCUCUUAAGAUCCCAGGAGUGCUGCUAGCCACAUGCAGCAUCAUAGUGACCAGCAUGUCAAUAGGGUUUCUUCAAGCCACUUUGGAACCCCACCUGCGUCACUUCAUGUUGCCUCCGAUCAUCCUGGGGUUGAUGUUUGUGAUAAACUGGGGGCACAUACGCCCUUACGGCACCCAUCUUUGGAUGGUUCUGUGAUAAAUUCUGCAGCCCUAAGUCGGCUACUCUUCUUGGAACUUUAUUAGUAGCUGGAGGGUUUGCUUUGGUUGGACCUGCACCGUUUAUUCCUAUGCAGACUGUAUUAUGGGUGACAAUCCUGGGACUGGUUCUGCAUGGACUAGGAAUUGCAGCUCAGUUGGUCUCUUCGUUUUCAGAUGCGCUUAGAACGUGUGUUGCCCAUGGUUUCCCCAACAACCUGGAAACCUUCGGCAUGGUAUCGGGCCUAUGGACUAGCACCUUCGCUCUUGGUGCAUUUAUAGGCCCCUCAAUCGCUGGCAUACUGUUCGACGCAGUGGGUUUCAGAUACGCCACCCUAUUCAUCUUCCUGCUUCAUCUGUUGCUUGGAUUGGCAGUCUUCAUAUUCAUCUGUUGCUCGAAGGAGCAAGCGGCUUACACUGAGAUCAAGGAGGAACCUGUCGACGAUGUGGCAAGUUACCAAGGAAAAUCAGCUCAGGCUAUGAGCGUCACGGAAAGCAUGAAGAGCAUACGUUCUGUGGGCAACGGCAUCUCCAUAGAGCGCAGCAGACCAGCGGGAAUGAAUAGUUUGAUAGCCUGCAAUAGCUAUAAGACUCAAGCUUGGCCUCAGAGGGAUGUGAGUAGCCUCACAUUGAGCCAAUAUGGUUGCAGUUACGGUACACUUCAGGAAACCAACUGCAAUGCAGAUACGUCUUCGUACAUACAAGGUGUUGCGUAGUGGUGUACAAUAUUUUGAUGGUUAUUCUUUUUCUUGAACAGUGAUUGAUAUGAACAGUUGUGUAUGAAAUAUUGAAAAAUUUGUAAGAUAUUUUGCAUUUUUGUUAGCAUAUCUAAAACACAAACCAAAUUUCACUCACUCCCACAUUUCACAGCUCAAUGAACAUUACCAUUAGAAAUUUAGCCCUAUUUAUAUGUUUUAGCUACUGACCUUCAAUUUUAUGAAGACCUUUUACUAUUUAUAGACUAUGUAAAAAAAAUCUAUUUAAGCUUAUUCCGAUCCUGAUACCAUAAUGUUUUGGGUUUGUUUUUUGAACUACUUAUGGAAAUAAAUGAAUAUGUUAAGUCGCAUUAAAGGGAUCAUCGGUUAUACUUUCAAGUCAUGUUUGGACAAUGAAUAAAAUAAGCUUAGGAAGGAUAUAAAUAACCUUGACUCAUUACACUUUUCUUUUAAUUCCUCAAACUUCUUUAUAAGCCACAUUUGGCUAAUGUUACUCAUCAAUGAGACUUAAUGGAAAAGUUGCCUUAAACAUAGUUUUUAUCUUGUUCACUGUAUUAUAGAAAUCGUUUUGUUGAUGUAUAUAUUUUUACGAUAUCUAAUGUUCCGUAAGAUCUGUAACUAAAUCUAUUAUAGUGCAUUUUAUA